AUGCAUCACUUGAUUCUCAUCUCGCUUCUUAUUUUGUUCAAUGCCUUCAUUUUGUAUCCAAUUGAAGCAGAAAUGAAUUCGGUAAGCUUUGAUCUUAUUCAUCAUGAUUCAAAGGUCUCUCCGUUUUACAACUCAUCCAUGACAGAGUCAGAAGUUUCAUUAAAAGCCGUUAUGCGUUCCCUCAAUCGACUCAAUCACUUCAAUUCAUCUAUGUCUAUUGAUGCAAAAUAUGUGGAAUCUCAGUUGACUGUGGGGGACUAUUUCAUGAUAUUUGCUAUAAGUGAUCAAACUACUACACGAAUUGCUAUCCCAGACAUGUUAAGUGACCUUAUUUGGGUGCGCUGUGUCCAGAAGGAAGAUCCAUCACGUUAUAAUCCAAAAUCAUCGAAAACCUAUGAUGCAAUUUCAUAUGGCUCAAAAGAUUGCGAUGCUCUGCAACAUCCUGAGAAGGGGCAAUCAAAUGUGUGCCGAUACAAGAAUCAACAACAUAGCAUAGAUGGAUUCUCCUCCUCCGGAGUGUUGGGUACAAAGACCUUCUACUUUAAAUUCCCUGAUGGGAAACAUAAAAAGUUCUCCAAAAUAGUGUUUGGAUGCGAUGAUGUCUAUAAACAUAAAAUGAAAGAAGUUGUUGAAGGUGUUAUUGGUCUUGGACAAGGGUCGUUAUCACUGGUUUCUCAAUUCGGAAAUAGAUAUACGAAAUUUUCCUACUGCUUGCGCGAGAAGUCAAUACAAACUCCUAGUAAGAUUAAAAUUCGGGUCAGACAGCCCUACUACUACCUGAACCUUGAAGACAUUAGCAUUAAUGGUAAGACGAUAAACCUAUCCACUACAGAUCAUCUUUCUAUGGCAGUCGAUAUUCAAACAGCCCACACAUCGUUGCCUCCACUUCUAUACGCUCAAGUGAUUGCCAUGUUUAAAGCAGAAGCCAAUGGCAUAUUUUCAGUCGAAGUUCCGAAUUACGGCACUUGCUUUCUUAGAAGUGAUAUUAAGGCGCUCAACAAUGUCCCCAGCAUUGUAUUUCAUUUUACAAAGGCACGCCUUCUUACGGUUGCAGAGUUUUAUGUCAAUCCCAAUACAUUGCUUCAGGAACAUAAUGAGUACAAAUGUCUAACAAUAGUCCCAAAAGAUGGACCUUCUGUAUUGGGAAAUAAGGCACAAGUGGAGGUGGGGCCUUUUGAUUCACUCAUAUAUGAUGUUCAAUCCAAUAACAAGAUGAGUAUGGUUUUGUGGCGAGCUCGGUCUACCCUCUUUGUUCAUCUCAGUAAGGAAUAUGCGAGGUUUCUUUACCACAUUGUUUUUCAUGGAGAUAAAAUAUGGUUGUUCUCAUCCAUCUAUCGUGGAUUCUUCACAAUACCGGCUCUGCUGGGAUAUGGUUAUUUGAGUACAUCUCGAUAUUGCUCGGUGUUAGUCUUCGGAUUUAUAAUUCCUUUGCUAGGAUUUGUAAUUUAUAAACUGUUAACACGAUACUAA